CUUCGCAUUAUAAAUACCACAAAGAGGAACUUCAGCAGUUCUUAAUGCACAAUACAGCAGUCUCCUUCUGAGAGUCAGGACUAGAGAGAGAAUUUGCUGAAGAGAAGGAAAAACAAACAAACAAACAAACAAACCAAACCAGCCCCAAAAAAACUGUGCGUGAAGGGGGAGGAAAAGCAGGGCCUUUUAAAAAGGGAAUCACAACAACUUUUGCUGCCAGGAUGCCUUUGCUUUGGAAGAGAGGAUUUUUGUUGGUGCUUUGCUGGAUUAUAGUGAGGAGUUCCCCAACCCCAGGAUCCGAGGGGCACAGUUCAGUCACUGACUGCCCAUCAUGUGCCCUCGCCACGCUCUCAAAGGAUGUGCCCAGCUCACAGCCUGAGAUGGUGGAAGCAGUAAAGAAGCACAUACUGAACAUGUUGCACUUGAGGGACAGACCUAAUAUCACCCAGCCGGUGCCCAAGGCAGCACUUUUAAAUGCCAUCAAAAAACUCCAUGUGGGAAAGGUGGGAGAGGAUGGUUAUGUGGAAAUAGAGGAUGAUGUUGGAAGAAGAGCCGAAAUGAAUGAAGUUGUGGAGCAAACCUCAGAAAUCAUCACUUUUGCGGAAUCAGGCACAGCCAAGAAAAUGUUGCACUUUGAGAUUUCCAAGGAAGGCAGUGAAUUAUCGGUGGUGGAACAUGCUGAAGUAUGGCUCUUCCUGAAGGUCUCCAAGGCCAACCGGAGCCGGACAAAAGUCACCAUCCGUCUGUUUCAACAGCAGCGGCAGCCAAAAAGUAACUCUGAAGGAGCAGAAGACACUGAGGACGGGGGGCUGAAAGGUGAAAGGAGUGAGACCUUGAUUUCGGAAAAGGCAGUGGACACCCGUAAGAGCACUUGGCACAUCUUUCCUGUCUCCAGCAGCGUCCAGAGACUCCUGGACCAAGGCAAGAGCUCUCUGGAUGUGCGGAUUGCCUGUGACCUGUGCCAAGAGACUGGAGCCAGCGUGGUGCUACUAGGCAAGAAGAAGAAAAAGGAAGAUGAUGGGGAAGGGAAAGAAAAGGAAGCUGGAGAAUUCAUAGAAGAGGAGAAGGAGCAAUCACAUCGGCCCUUCCUGAUGAUGCUUGCCCGGCACUCAGAGGACCGCCAGCACCGGCGGCGGAGACGAGGCCUGGAGUGUGAUGGCAAAGUCAACAUCUGCUGCAAGAAGCAGUUCUUUGUCAGCUUCAAGGACAUAGGAUGGAGUGACUGGAUCAUUGCACCUACAGGUUAUCAUGCCAACUACUGCGAAGGAGAGUGCCCCAGCCACAUAGCAGGCACAUCUGGUUCAUCAUUAUCUUUCCACUCCACUGUCAUCAACCAUUACCGCAUGCGGGGCCAUAGCCCCUUUGCCAACCUCAAGUCAUGUUGUGUGCCCACCAAGCUGCGGCCCAUGUCCAUGCUCUACUAUGACGAUGGCCAGAACAUCAUUAAGAAGGACAUACAGAAUAUGAUUGUGGAAGAGUGUGGCUGUUCGUAGACGCAUGUGUGUGCAACAGCCUUCUCAUGAAGUUGAGAAGAAAAUGUAUCAAAAGGCCAAGAAGAGGAAAGACCAGACAUGGUAUAACCUUUUUUGAAUGAAACAAUCAUCGGAAAUAAAAGCAAAAACAAAAGAGAGAGAAAAGAGAGGAAAAACAAAGACUUAUGGAGGAUCAGAAAGGACUUCAGCUAUAAAAAGGAAGAAAGCUUCACGAACCUGGGCUUGAAUGAGAUACGUCUGAAUGGCGGUAUGGGUUGGGGAUUUCCCCUUCCUUUCAGUAUGCUCCUUAUCUUAUUACAUAGUAUAUUAAACAUUAGUUAUUACUAGGGGAGUUAUGUUCCCUCCCCUAGUUACCCAUCAAUUCAAGCCAUGGUAGCAGCUCAUCUAACCUGCAGCAAUUUGGACUAAGUCCAAAAUGUCAUUUAAAUUCCUUGAAAAGCCAUGUGUAUGAACACUACAUUCACUGGCACUUUCCCCCCCAAAUUUACCGAGGAACUGAAUAGGUGUGUAAUGUUUGUGUGUAUAUAUAUAUGGCUAUGUAUUUAUAUACAUAUCUCUAUACAUACAGACACUAUACACGUAAAUAUACUUAACAUUGGUAAAGGGACAAUAUUGUGCAGGUGUAUACACCUUCAUCUUCUGCACUACAUUUACAAAAAAAAAAAGAAAAAAGGAAAAAAAGAAAAAAUGAAGAAAAAACAGAAUAAAAAAAGAAUGAAUGAAAGAAUAAAAGUUACAUUUUGUAAAGGUGCUUACAACGUUAGAACUAUGCAACCUAGUUGGUUUGAAACUGUUUACCUGCAAAAGAAAGAAAAAAAAAACCAGAAAGACUUUUUUUUAAAUGGAAGUAACUUGUUUUAAAAAAAAUCUUCAGUGAGAGAUACUUGAAAGGAACAUGUUUGUCCAGUUACUGGAGCCAAACAUUUCUAUAUUUUGUAAAAAAAAUUUUUAAUCGUUUACUAUUUGCACUACAAUGGUGUCUGACCUGUCUAAUCCUUAUUUAACAAAUAUUUGCAAGGGAGGGUGGUUGGGUGUGGGAGGGGUUGAGAGCUGCACUUAUUGUGAGCUAUACAAGAACUGCUACAGCACACAAAAUAGCUAUUUUUAUUAUUAUAAUUAUUAUUAUUAUUUUGUACCUUAAAAUGAAUAGACACAUACACCAAAGACAUUUGUGCGAGCCUCUAAAAAGUCUGUUUGUGGUUGGUACCAUUCACCUGUAAUAAGUUAAGGUUUGAAUUAAGGGUCAGUGGGUUGAUUACAUUCAGGCUAGAAUAUCUGUUAACCAGUUAAAUUCAAAUAGAGCCCUCAACAGAAAAUUGCCAUUUGAAGUAAGCCCAGAAAAGCCCUGGGAUUUGGAUCCGAGGUGCUCAGAUCCAAGGUCCAUCUAAGCAUAAUUGUACUCUUUUGCAUGUACAACACUAAGACUUGUCCCUGAUGCACAGCAACUGUGCGUUGUUGGGAAACAACUUUAUACAAGGGAUAUACAUAUAUAUAUAUGUAUAUAUUUCUGUAUGUAUAUAUGUAUGUAUACACAAGCUAUAAGCACUUCUGACUUCACUUUAAUGUUCUUAAAACAAUGAAUGUUUGUGUGCAAAGCACAGUAUGUUAAAAGAUUGUUUGUUUGUUACUACCAAGUGGGAGGCUACACGUUCAAAAUGGUAUUUGUGUGAGAGAAACCUAAAGUGCUGGUGUACACUUAGAAAGUCUUGAUGUAAAAUUGCAAGCAGCUUUGGGCCCUGCCCACCAUCACCCUGCAAAUAUACAGAAAAUGGCAGUUGUGGUAGGAUUUCCGUUUGAAAUGCAAUCUUCAGCGUAAGACUGGCUGUCUCAACCCUCACCCUCUAGCAUGACAAAUCUUAAUGGGUUUGCGCGUUACCUGUAAGAAGACCUAAUUUUCAGUGUCAACACCUAACCUGAAAGGUCCAACCCAUAGGGCAUAGGUAGAUAGUUGGUUUUUUUUAAAAAAAAAAAUUCUAUCGCUGUCAUAUUUAAAAGAAUGUUAAAGUUACAACAUUUGUCUUUGGGUAGGGGGAGAUGAUAAGAGGGAAUGGGAGAAACCUUUAGGCCCUGUUUACACUGAGUUUGAUAACCCUGAGCCUGAAGCUUCAGAGUCUCACAGGUUUGCAGGACCAAGCCUCUGUUAGCUGCCUUCUGACAGGACAGGCUUCAAAACGCCUCUCAUGGAAAGAAGCACUAACGCGGCUCCCCAUCUUGUUGAGAACACAGUCUGUAAAAAAAAAUUUUAAAAAAAAAAAAAAAAGAUAGCACAAUUUAACCUGGUCACAUUGGCUAGGGAUAGUGUGUUAGCACCUUCAUGGCGAGAACUAUGUUUAAACAGUGUAAUCAGGGCCUUCAUUUUUUGUCAGCCAAAACUGUUUGUGUGUGCAUGUGCGUGUGGGUGUUCUCUGUGUGUGCAUAUAUGUGCACAUGGGCGCAUGUCUGCAUUUGUAUGUAUCGAUAGAGAUUUAAAAAAAAAAAUGAAAAAAAAGAAAAAAAGAAAGAAAAGGAAAAAAAACCCCACCUUUCCUCCGUUGAAUAGAUAUCAACAUACAUGCUUAUAGCUAAGUUUUCUAUCUAAUUUAUUCCACAGUAUUUAGAUUGCAUAGUACAGCUAAUGGGUUAUACAUUUAUGUACUUUUUAUACAAUGCAUUUUUUUUACAGACUUGUUUGCAAUUUGCAAAAAAAAAAAAAAAGAAAAUUAUAACAAUUGGGUAAACACUAAAUUUGUCACUAAAGUAUUCUGUAAAAUAUCAAGGCUUUCUGAUUUAAAUUAUUUGCAGAAGUUUGUUGGGUUUUUUUAUGGUUUUUUCCUGGGGAAAGGGAGGGAUGCCAAAUGUUAGUAGGGAAAUUAAAAAAAAAAAAAGAUAAAAAAAAAGAUGCACAACUAAUUUAUCUUUAUAACUUAAACAAACCAAGUUCCUGACCCUGCUGCAUUUGAAGCAAGUGGCAGAAUUACUGUUGAUUUUUCUAGCAGUAGAGCCAGGCUCUGGAACAGCAGGAGCAGGGACAUAGUCUGUGACAGUUGUUGAGGAGAGUACCUUUUACUUCACUGGGCUUUAGACUUGGCCUAAAUUUGUACACAUAUUGUCCCAGAACCCUUAGUGGUGUCAACAGGUUCUCUGACGUCUACUGGUUUUUUUUUACAAGAGUAGUAAAACUACUUACAUAAGUAAAGGUAAACCAGAGUGCAUCACAAGUUCCUUUUGUUGUGGGCAGUGUGAAGGGAGAGAAAGGAUUUUGAAUGAAUGGCACCAUAUCCAACAUUGUUUAAUUCAAUUAUUUAAAACAGGCUGCUUGCAUCAUGGUUGAUCUCUGAAUGUAGUGGCAAGGGAAGCAGGUGAGAUGGCUCACGUUGGUAAAAAUCAUUCUAAAAUGUGAUUAGUUAGAGAGAAUUGGAGACCUGAAAUCCCAGCACCUUCCCCUAAAUGACAAUGGCAAAACUCCCAUUGGCUGCAAGCAGAGUAGCCCUAGGCUCAUGGUUUUCCUGGCCAAAGCAGAACUAGCCUUUAAAAAGAAGUCUGAUGCUGAGUUUUGAACCAGUUUUUAUGUGCCGAAUUGGGACUGGCCCUGGAAAACACGAAGCUAGCCUGAGACAAAUUCCAAGUGAGGAAAGAACAUAGGAUUUUAGAUGUGGUGAGCACGUUUCAUGACAGAUACACCAAAAACAGAAGAAGGUUUUCAAAUCAACAAGUAAUUGUUCCUAAGCCCUGCUUUUUAGCUUUCAUUUCUGUGUGUAUACUAGUCACAAAUUUUAAAGGUUUCUCCCUCCAAUCUCUAGAUUCAGUCAUGGGGUUUUGAUUUGUGGUCAGACUUAUUUCAAGUAGGGGGAAAUGAAAAACUAUAUGAUAAAAUAAAAUAAGAAAUUGGGAUGUUAAUCAAGACUGACUGAUUCCAGCAAAACACCCCACCCCCGAUAAUUUGAUUUAAUUAAAUCUGCAUGUACUUAAAAUAGCAUUAGAAAUUGUUACCAUAUUUAAACAGUUGUUCAAGGGCAUGCAGUCUCAAAAAUUGCUUCUCCUUUCAGGUAUGACUAUACCAAACAAAAAAAAAGAGGCUUUUAACUACUAACACAUUCCUUUCCAUAUAACCUACUUCCUGUUUAUAUUGAAAAUGUAUUUUCAGUAUAUAUUUAAUCACAGAAAUGUAUUUGUUUAGUACCUCCACAAUCUUCUUGCUUCACAACUGACCACAUUUGGUUGUCUUUCCCCCUCUCCAUGUUAGACGCUCACUGGAUACAAGGCCUAAGAAACCGGCAGAAGCGCAGGUUAAGAAGUUUCUUCGGGAGGGCUGAAUGUAUUUGUAUUCUUGGGGUUUAGGAAAAGGAAAUGCUUACAGAUGCUUAUAAUUAUUCUGCACUCAUGUCACAGCAGAAUACUGAUCUAGGGCCUGUAGAACCGAAUGAAAUGGGAGUUUUGUCAUUGACUUCAAGAGAAACAGUCUCUUACCAAAUUAUUGCAAAAUAGGACUCCGUUACAUAUACCUGCUUUUUUUGUAUUUAGUUGAGAUUUAAGCCAUCAAGCUCAUUUAACUGUGACACCACAAGGCCACGUAGAGGCUACCAGCAAUAUUUCUGAGGCAGAGCAGUUCAGGCAUCUGUAAAGUCUAUGCGCAAAAUGAAAAUUUUUAUGGACUAUAGUUACUCGUGUGGAAUAGUGCCUUACUCUGUAAGCAAUGCUGUUGAUUUCAGAGGGUCUCCUUUCCUAGAAAGUUACCAGUCAUCAUCAAUAAAGUGAGCAAAAUCUAUUUCUGGAGUGUAGGUAGAAGAGAUGUGAUGGAAAUGAUUAAGUUCUUUAAGUUAAACCUCAUGUCAAUAGUGUGCAUCAGUAUAAGAAUCAGAUGCUAAUCACUUUCCUCACACUGAAAAAAUCUUUACUCCCCAUCUGCUCUCAUUGCAUUACAUGUGGAGUAAAAAGCCUUUCAGUACGAGUAAAUAAAAUCAUAAUUUGACCUUUUGUGAACAACUAUAAGCAACAUUUUCAUGGGCAGAAACAAACAACACUUCUGGGUUAUAUAGCUAUUUAUUUUUUGAGAUAUAGUGAAUCUGUGUUAAUUCUCAAUGGGUUUCCUUGUAUUUAAAUACUUUCAAAAACAAUACAUUGACGAUGGGUUGAAGAUAUAUAUAUAUGUAUGUAUACAUAUUAUAUAUCUCUACAGUAUAUAUAUACACACAACUAUAUAUAUAUGUAUAUACAUAUAUAUAUAAAUUAUGAAAGCCAAGAUAUUAUGAAGCCUAUUUUGUUUUUAUCAUUUUGUGUUUUGUUGUUGAUAUUAUUAUUAUUAUUGUUAUUAUUAUUAUUAUUUUGCAUACUACAUGCAGUGCUUUAACCAAUGUCUGUUUGGCUAAUGUAAUUAAAGUUGUUAAUUUAUAUGAGUACAUUUCAACUAUGUCAAUGGUUUCUUAAUAUUUAUUGUGUAGAAGGACUGGUAUUUUUUUUAUUUACAUUAUGUUUAAAGAGGUAACAGUUUGAUAUGUUCUCAUUUGUUUAUAUUAGAAGUUAUUUAUUUUCACGGCAUUCCGUCUGGUAUUUUGAUAUUUGGAAGGCAUGCUACCUAUACUUUGUACAGUUAGUGGGCAGUAUUCAGCAGCUCCCAGUAGAUUUUUAGGCCCUAUGUUAAAUAAAAGACCUGUUUGGGAUUUUUAUUUUAGAUCUUUCAUAUUGGUUUGCCAGGACCACUCAGUGCACUUAUUGCCAGACACUCUGCCUGCGUGACCAAUUUAUUCCUACUGUAUUUACCCAGGACAGAGGACCAAAACCACCUCUGGUGUAAGUCCAGUGACUUCAGUGAAGUUAUACCAGAGAUGUAUUUGGCUCACAGAGAAAACGCUUGUGCAAAUCAAUGCAAAGAAAAGGCAGAAAGAAAGAAGCAGUCUUUGCAUUUGGAAGAGGAUUUCAACGUGUUAAAAUUGUUUGGGUCAGCUACUAUUUUAUUUUACUUUGUUCUUUUUGUUAUUUUGCUCUUUCUUAUACAACAGCAGCAACAACACAAGUGAAAUAAAUAA